AUGACGUUCCCUCGACUGCCAGCCGAAAUUGUCGACGAGAUCCUGUCCUUCCUCCACGCCCACCCGGACGACUUACGCGCGUGUAGCAGGGUCUCCCGUUCCUGGCUACCCCGCGCUCGCUGCCACCUCUUUCGCCACAUCGUGGUUGACCCCUCCUCAGACCAGCUCUUGUGUUUCUUCAAAGAGACUCCAGACGUUCGGUUUCUCGUGCGCGACGUCGAGAUACGGGGCCGAGCAACCACAAGCCAGGGGUGGUGGAUGAAUGGUGCCGACACCAGCCUCAGUCUCAGCAGAUGGCCCACUCUUGGAGCAAGAAUGGCUCGUUCUGUACGCAGCGACGCUGUGGCAUUUGAGGUGCCUUCGUGGUUGCGUGAGGGGUUAUCUCCUUCUCCCGACCCUCCCUCAGACAAGACAGACCAAGACAGCUCUCACCCCUCUUCCUCGAAAAGUAUUGCCGCCAAUUCUACAGUCCACCAUAUCUUCCCGCUCGUCCACACUCUCAGGGUGAGUGAGUUUACGCUCAGCCCUGGGGUGUCCUCUUUCCUCGCCGCUGCCUUUCCCAAAGUCACCACCCUCACCCUCAGUCACUGCCGAGCAAUGUCCUUCGCAGACCUCACUAGUCUUUUCCUAGCGUUCCCCCGCCUCCGCGCUCUCCGCCUCCUGUCCGCAGAAUGGUUAUCCGACCGGAAAGCUCUCCCCGAGACCUAUCCGCGGCUCGAGCUCGGGCAAUUCGAGGUCUCACAAGACAUACACAUCGGGCCGCUCGUGGAUUGGCUCCUCGCGGAGUCAGCGCACCGCAGCCUACGCAUCCUCAAAUGCUCCAUCGGAACGCGACGCAGCGCAGGUGCCCUUCGCGCGCUCCUAUCCGCCGCCGGCUCUACGCUCGAGCACAUCCAGAUCACCCUGUCCAAAUCCCCAGAUCCCACCUCGCUCCUCGAAGCCGCGCAACUCGACUUCACGCCCUGCACCCGCCUGCGCGCCCUGCACGUCCCCUGUGGCCCCUCCUCCCCCACCCGAUCUCCUGCCGCCGCCACCCGCUCGCUCUCGUGGGUGCUCGCGCUCCUCGCGCACGCCGGCGGCGCGGCGCCCGCGCUCGCCGAGAUCCGCCUCGUCCUCGCCCGGCGCGCGCUCCCCGCGCUCAACCUCGAAGGCCUCGACGUCGUCCUCGCGCGCACGUGCUACGCGCGCCUCGCGCGCCUCGAGUUCGACGUCGCCGAUGCCGGCACCGGCGGCGCGCGCGAGGACGUCGCCCGCGUCCUCGCGGAGCGCAUGCCGAUCGCGCACGGGCAGGCGCUGCUGAGGCUCGACUACCGCGCCGCCGUGGGUUGA